AUGAAGUACACAGCAGCAACCACUCUUCUCCUCGCGACCAUGGCGCUCGCCAGCCCAGCACCCGUCGCCAACCCAGACGCGGUAGCUGAAACCCAACUCAUCGGAUCUCGCGCCCAAUUCCGCGAAGCGCUUGCCGCACGCGACACCCUAGUUAUGCCAGAAGUUCAACUCGAAGAACGAGCCAGCAGCAGCGGCGGCAAAGGAGGAAGCAAGGGUGGAAAAGGCACUGGUGGAAAAAACAACACCGAAAGCGCGGCGUCCGACAUGCUUUCACCAAGUCGCGCUCUGCAGAUCACUGCACUGGGUCUGGGCGUUGUGGAGGUUGUUAAGCUUAAGGCGCCCGCUACGUCACCCCGCAUGUGUGCCACAGCGAUCAAGUUUCUACAUCUGACACGACAAGUCCAUGCACUGGACUACGAGGACUGA